AUGGAUGAUAAUUUAGACAAUGACAGUAUACGCACUGAAGAUUAUGCUUCGAAAUUCAAUGAAACGAUAGAUUUACCAGAUACACAUAGAACUAACUCAUUUCAACCAGUUCGAUCCUUGUGUGGGGAAAUAAAAUCGUCUUCAAGUACAGUAACACUACUAUCUACAUGGCAUACAUUACCAAAGAAAACUUCCAAUGUAAAUUCUGAUGAAAAUCAUAUUAAUCUUCAUCAUAGUCAAGCAAUCUUUGCAAAAAAGGAAAAUAAUACUGAUUUACAACAGAAUUCCACUUCUGAAAAUAGAAAUAGUAAAGAAAAACAUCAUACAAACUCUUUGAUUCCUUAUGAAGAAAAUUCAACUAAUCCAUUAAUAUCGGCAGGCAUUAAAAGUAAGGAUUGCUUACUAUCCAGUAGUUUGAUGAACAGCACUAACGAACCAUACCAGAACGUUUCACGCUUGUUAACUAACCAAUCCUUGAAUGGAUGUCAUUAUUCUGAGAAAUCUUAUGAACCAAGGAAAAUUAACAAUCUAAAUCAUAAAACAAUACAGAAUGAGAAAAAUUUUAAUGGAAUCCAUAGCAAAUCAAAAUUACUUCCUGUUUCUUGUGGUAACUCAAUCAAAACUAUUAUUCCUUCUGUCAAUAAUAUUGAUCGGAAUGCAAAUAAAAAGUCUGAGUUUAUCAAUAAUCAUUACAAUUUGCCAUUUCAUAAUCGAUUUCCACGUGAAAUACGGCAAAAUGAACAGUAUCUUGACCAUAGUAUAACUUCACAAUCAUUUUCUUUGAAAGGAAGAUAUGAUCAUUCAAAGGGAAAUAUUAAUCAAGUUACUGAAUGUGUACAAAUACCUGAUGUAACUCUUAACAAAGAAGAAAUCUUGGCAAUCAUUAAUGAACGUGAUGAAUUGUAUGAGAUAUUACGAGCUAACGAAGAGGAAGCAAGUGCACGUUAUUCCACAGAAAAACGUUUAAUGAGUAUUAAACAAGAAUAUACCGCUGAGCAACAACGUUUAAGACAAAUUAUUACUGCAUUAGAAGAGGAAUUAGAAGUCACAAUGUGUCGUCUUAAUCAAUUAACAGCUGAGAGAAGUAAAUGGAUAACUGAAUUAGAUGAAACAAAAAAUGAACGAAAUGAAAUGAAAGAGAAAUUGAAAACUGUAGAAGAAAAUCAUAAAGUUGAAUUAAUCGAGUUGGAAAAUACAUAUCAAGAGAAAUUGAAACAAAUGAGAUUAGAUGAAAUUAAAAACUCUGAAAUGAUAACAAAAGAAUUCGAAUUGAAAAUGAAUAAUUCUAUCAAUGAAAAAUUACAACAAGCCACGGAAUUCGAAGAGAAAUUACAAAAAUUAAAUAAAACAAUUAAAGAAAUUGAACAAGAGAAAGAAAAUUUAAGAUCUGAAAAUAUGGAACUAAUUAAAGAACACCGUCAGAAAGAAAGAUUACUUCGUAGUGAAUAUGAAGAGAUUUUAGAAAGUAAUUCUGUUGAAAAAAGUAAAGAAAUAUCUAAAUUAAUGGAUAGUCAUUCGGUUCAAAUAAAUGAACUAGUUGAACAAAUGCAAAAAGAAAAAAUUCAAGCAAUGAAUGAUAUCCGAUCGUGUUAUACUGAAAAUAUUCAAGAAUUACAAAAUAAAUUACUGUCUAAACAAACAGAAAUUCAAACUCUAAAUGAAACAUUAACAAAUACACAGAAUUUAUUACAUGAAAGUCGUAAUCAAGAAAUUUUAGAAAAGUUAAAAGUUCAAACAGUUGAAGCACAUUCAAAAGAAUUAGCUGAAUGGGAAAAAGAAAAAUUUGAAUUAUGGAAAAUUAAAAUGAAUGAAAUAAAAGAUGAAAAAGAUUCAUAUAUUGAAACAAUGAAACAAGAAUUACAAGAACAAAAAGAUCUUACAAAAUUUUAUCAAGAUAAAAUGAAAACUAUUCAAAAAGAUUCUGAUACAUAUCAAAAUGAAUUAGAACGAAAAAUAAUCGCAUUGGAAAAUCAAAUUGAAACUUUAAAAAUGAAACAUGAAAUGGAUAUCAAUGAGAUUCAACAAAUCUGUAAUCAAAAAGUUUCCAACAUGGAAUUACAACAUUCUCAGGAGAUGAAACAAGCUGUCGAAACGGAAAAUGUCACUGUACAAAAACAAGUACAAGAAAAAAUUCAAGCAGAAAAAGAUAAGAUUUUAGAUCAUCUUAUUGCUUCGUCAACAUUGAUCGCUUCGAAAAUUGGAAAUUUAAUCAAUGAUAUUUAUCAUACUGUAGAAUGGAAUGUACAGAAUUUAUACAAUUUCUCCGAUUUUACUUUAGAUUUAGAUGCACAAGUUGCGUUAAACAAAGAAAUUGAAAUACCGAAUAUCAUAAAGAAAUGGACUAUCAAUGAUAUUUCUAUAGAAGGUGUAAUGGAAUCACUUAUAACACACAUAGAUGAAUUAAUGAAUAAUUUGAGAAAGAAUUCAGUUGAUAUUUUAGCACAAUUACAACGACGUAAAGAUGUAUUAAUAAAACAAGUUAAGAGUGAAUUAGAUAAUGCUCAAAGUACAAUUAAACGUAUUCAACAACAAGCUGAAACUGAACAAGAAGAACUUAAAGUGACAUUGAAGCACUAUUGUACCAGAAUUGAAGAGUUAGAAGAUGAAACUAUGAGAAAGAAAUUAAUUGAACAAUUAAAGCUAAAAGAUGAUGAAGUUGAAUGUUUGAAAAAUGAAAUACAACAAUUACAACAAGAAAUUAAAAAACUAACAAUUGAAAGAAAUAAAUCAGAUAAUGAAGAAGUAAAUGAUAGAAAGCAUAAAGAUCUUUCAUCUAUUCAUCAAUUGUUAUAUUCACUAAAUUAUGAUAAAAAUGGCACAAAUCAUUUGAUGAUCAGUCAACAACCACUUCGAAUUAUCACUGAACUAAAAGCACGGAUUCAACGGCUGAGAGAAGAAAAUAUGGCAUUACGUCGGCUGCUUUUACGACGACCACUUGUACCGGUAAAGCAUUCAGAUCAAGAAAGUGAACAACGACCCAUUUGUCAACUUUCCAAUGAACAAUUAAUGCAAAAAUUGAAAAGUAAAGGGAAUUCAGAAAGAUUUUUAUCAACAUUUUAA